GUUAUUCCAAUGUUGGUAUUUUCAAAUCCCCACAACUAACACACAGUAAAAAUCUACAAAAGACAAACGCAUUGAGAAAUUGAGGAGCAAAGCUAACCUUUUGGGAUGGCAGAAGAGGCAAGGAGAUACUUGAGAGAAUCUUGUCUCAAACGUGAAGGUUAGACCCCUGAUUUCUGUAUGCUAUCCCUUCCGCUUCUAUCUUAAGUUUCUUUCUACUUCCGCCACAAAAAAGAAGGGGGGUUUUAGGGCUUCCCUUCUUGUUUACGUUCUACUUCAAUUCAGCUUCCCCCAUUAAUAUGGAACAAACCAUCCUCUGCUUAGUUUUGUUUCGAUUCCUUUCCAGAUGGGGAGUGGAGAGGGAAUAACACGGGGCCAUAAUAGAGAAUCAAAGACGCACAUUAUCCAAGAAUUUCAUAACAAAGCAUAACAGUUUGAGAACUUAAACAUAUGUACAUAGAACAGAUCCAUAAUUUUUUUUUGGAAAUCCUUAGAGUUGAUUGGACACGGCUAUGAAUAUCUCACCGUCAGGCGGAAGGAGGAGUAGAGUGGUGGGGGAAGAUGGAGGUCUUUGCUUCGGAUUGGGGUGGACUUUGAGCUCCCUUUUGAACUCGCGUCCAUUGUUGCCGCAGUGUGUUAAUGUAUGCUUUUGUUGAUGAAGGAGAAAAGGAUCAAGUGGAGUGAAAGGGGUUCUGCAGAUCGAGUUUCGUUGAUGGUGCCAUGGUCGAUGGAACCAACAGGAGAUAGAUAUGAAUUGAAGAACUUCUGAGGAGGGUGAAAACGCUCGGACAGAGUGAAUGAGCUAGUGAUGGUGAGAGAUGGAAGAAGAUAUUUUUAUCAUCCUAAAAACCCUGGAAGUUUGGGCUGCGGGUUGGGGAUAAUCCCCAAACCGCACCAAUUCGCACCUAUUGUGGGUAGUGGGUUGGGUGUGGGUAGUAAAAUAACGAUUUUUGUGGUUAGUGGUUAUCCACUACCCACCGCGGUUAACCCACAAAAUCCAUAAUAACCACACUAAUUAUAUUUAGUUAGUGAAUUAACUUUAUAAUAUAAUAGUAUGUGAAAAGUGGGAGGAUAAAAAUUAAAGUAGCCACCAAAUAAAAAAGACACCAAAUCAGUUUUAUGUAAAAAAAAUUAAUUUGUAAAACACUAUAAUCGAUAGAGUGGAGAAUAAUCAAUUCAUUAAAACUGAACACCUUUUGUAACUUUUAUCAGUAUGUUUUUGCUUUGUGUGAAAAAAAUACAAGGUCAUAUUUAAUUGUCAUAUUUCACCCCUAGUCGGGGAAAUAUGAAAUCACAGCUCUCUGACACAAAAGUUGAAUACCAAACUCAAAAAGAAAAAAUCUCCACGUUGAGUAAGAUCGAUGUACAAAAUUGUAUCUCCACGAACAACACAACUGUAUAUCACUAUAGUCUAGUUACGAACAAUAAAUACGUUAGUGGCGACUAGAACUCUAUGCUUGCAAAGAUGGAUUUUUGCGGGUAAUCACACCCAACCCGCAUAAACUCACAGUGGGUAGUGGUUACCCACUAACCACUGUGGUGCGGGUUAUGGGUAGCAUUAUUGUAAAUUUGUGGGUGUGGGUACCCGCAAAAUGUUGGGCGGGUAACCACACCCACCGCAAUUUCCACCCCUAUUAAAAACUAGUGUAAGCAGCCUCACAUAGCCGUAUAGGGACUUGGGAGCCUAAAAAUAAAGUAAAAAAACUAAUUAACACGGUACCUUUUUAGUUUGGUACUAAUGAAAUAAAUUAUCGCUAUAUUAGCCCCACAACAACCACGGUUUGCAAAAACCAUGGUAAAUAAGUACCUAUGGGUUUAGGUUUGGCAAAACCCGACCCAUUGUUAUCCUUAUCUUCUAUUUGCCUCCUUUAUUAUGUUCUUGUUUCCAGCUUCCUCUUUAUCAUCUAUCUUACUUUCUUUGGGUAAUAUAAUAUUGUUAGGUCAUGGUAUCCUACUACCUCCUUCUUCCUAAAAUUCUUCAAAAUUGUCCAACCAACAGUUAACAUAUCCAAAAUAUAAAUAAAUUUUUACUCAUUGUCCAAGCUCCCAUCAUAGUCAGAACACAAACCCUGAAUAAGUGUCUAGUUCGUUCUCUCUGACUGCCUAUCGGUAUGGGGGUGGUAUGAAGACGAGAAAUGCACCUUGGUGCAGAUAGCCUUCUGAAGAGUGACCCGGAAUCGUGAUGUGAAGUUAGGAUCAUGAUCAGUACGAAGCUAAGUGGGACACCAUGCAGCCUGACAAUCUCUCUCACAAAUAAUCGGGCUAUCUCCUCCAUUACUCAUUUGAAUAUGAUAGGUUUGAAAUGAGCUGCCUUUGAGAACCGAUCCCCAAUCACCCAAACACCAUAAUUUCCUCUCAGGUUCUCGGUAAGCCAUACAGAAAAUCCCUAGCGAGCUUCUCCCAUGUCCACUGUUAAAUCUCUAGUGGUAAAUACUCGAUGACUAGGACUUGAUGCUCAGCCAUAAUGAUCAGGUGCUCCAGGCACUGAUAGACAUGUGCCACCACUUCCUUCUUCAAACCUGGUAAAUCAUCUUCCCUCGACCUAUUUUACGCUAGGUUGUGCUAUUUUUGUUACAUUUCAGGUUCUAGCACGCGUGGGAAGGGUGAGGAUGAGUUUUGGGACGAUUGGGGGUCGAAAAGCGCCAAAAAAUAAAGAAUGUUCGGAAGUCAUGGUUUGGAUGUGAGUGUCACGGCCACGAGGCCAUGACAAUUGCAAGGCAAGUUUGAAUUUUGCCGAGGAACAGAAGGUUUUGCACGCCUCGUGGGCAUAAAAGUUGCCACGGUCACUAGACCGUGACAAUUACCCACAGACCGUGAUGUCGGACAGAAACGGUGGUAGCUUCUUGUGUUUUGGACUAUGUCAAGGCCGGAGGUCCAAUGUCACGACCUUUACAUUCAGCCCGUGAUUUUGACUAUUGGGAUGUAUAAAUAGAAGGUAGUUGGGAGAGAGAAAAGGAGGAGUUGGGGGGCUUGUCUGGGUUUCAAAAUUUCUAGGUUCCUUUCUAGGGUUCCAGCUCAAAAAUCCCAAAGGAGGGAUCCUAGUGAGAAAAAUAUAUUGUUCAGAAAUUAGGGUGAGAAACUGAAGAACAAAAGAAGAAGAGGUCGAGGGGAUUUCUCUUUUCUUGAGGAGUGAAGACUUUCAUCUGUCAAUGGUGCAACAAGGAAGGAAGACAAGUAUCAUUCCAUGGUUCUUCCUCUCAUCUUGGUUAUAUUCCCUUGCCUAGCUAUGGAGUAGUUCUCCUUGUCAGUUGGGUGUUGAUGUAGGCUCCUAGAUGUGUGUUAGGAUGUAAGAACAUGAUUCUAUUUGUGUUGAUUGUGUGUUUUAUAUAAUAUUGAGGUAUUAAUCAUGAAUGAUUGAGUGUUUCUUGCAUUAUCUCAUUAUUGGGUAAAUUUGACCUAGAAGGUGGAAAUCCCCCUUUGGCAAAUAGGGAGGUUCACCUCCUAGCCACUUGAGUAACCCCUUCUAGGUCAAUCUAAGACAAAACCUCAAGUAUCGGAUUAGCACCAUGAUUCUAUCAUGAUUGGUCGCUCUUCGCCGUCCGGAUUAACUUUCGAGAGAUUGGGUUUUCCCAUCCUUGGUUGAUUGACUAAGGGAGCUAGAUUUUUUAGCUUUUAGCAGCAAUCCUUAGCCGAAUGGCUAAGAGAGCUAGGCUACCUAGCUUAUAGUUUCAAUCCUUAAUUGAUCGACUAAGAAAUUUAGGGUUUCCUAGAUAGUUUCACCGCCUCACGGUAUAUGAACACAUUCUUCACACUAGAAUUUCGUUCAUUGCUUCUUAACACGAGACUAGGGGGAGCAAUACCCGGGUGAAUUCCUAUCAAGUAGAAUUCUCCACAAUUUUCUUUGUUUGCUUGUUUACUUUCUAGCCUUCGUGAUUAUCCACAUGCCUCUAAGUACGCCGCCCCCAAACCCAUGUAAGUUACCUCGAUCUAGGGUUUAAGAACAUAGCUCCUUUCAAUGGGUACUACCCACCGUCCACACCGAGGUUUCAUCCCUGGUUACAUAUAGGAAUGCAUUCUUAUGGCAAGGGUACGGUCUCCUCGUCCACCACAACAUCCUAUUCAUUCAUCUCACCCUAAUCUGCCAGAUGGCGCAUGCCCGUCGAACCCUGAAACUCCAUACUUAACAUACAAACUCAAGUAGGCCAGUAUAGAAGAUUAGGGGGACUUACCCAAGCACAAUUAAAGCUAGAGAAGCAUUAAAAUAUACUAAAUAAACACAUUCAUAUAAAACGCAUACAUACACAACCUAUAAACUAGGGUUUAUCUCCCCUAAACAAUCAUUAGAGAUUCAAGUAAUAUAUAAAGAAAUAAAACACAAACUAGAAGUGAGUAAGUGAUGGAAUCAAUCUUCUUCUCCUUGCUUGCACCUUCUUCUUGCUUCUUGGGUGGAUUGGAUCUUAGAUGAGGCUCUCCCAAUGUGUUUCCCUCUCUAAAACACUUAAAAACCCUAUCGUUCUAGGAUGGCUCUCCUUUGUCAAGUGGUGAAAAGGGAGUAUUUAUAGGCAAUGUAGUCAAAAGCGAGAUUCUACGUAGAAACGUUUUGGUGAUCUAGAAGCGUAAAAUCGUAAGUUUUUAAGUUUUAAAGCAGAGUUUUAAACUACAUAAGUUAUAAAAACUGAGAUUUUGUGUAGAAGCGUUUUAGUGACCUAGAAACGUAAAAUCGUAAGUUUUUAAGUUUUAGUGCGCGAUUUUGACUACAUUGUUUAUAGGCAUGUAGUAGUGGUCACGGCCUCGAGGGCAUUACCCGAUGGUCAUGGUCGUUUAAUCGUUGGUUCGCGGUCUGGGCUUUCAGUUCCCGAUCGUGAACUAAGAUCGUGAUCUGAGCCCGAUCUGGAUAUAUAAAGGAGGUUGAGCUAAAGGAUAAAGGGGAGAGACAUAGUGUGAGAAACUUCUUCUUCUUCCGAUUUCUUGAAUGAGAAAGUGACGAACCAAAGAAGAGGAGAAGCUAAAGUUUCAUCUUCAAGCAAGGAAUGGGGAAUUCCUCCCCCAAAGGAGGAUCUCUUCAACACAAGGAGCAAGGCUAGCAUCUCUUUGAUGGUUUCCCUUCUUCUCUCUUGUGUUUUCCCUUCUCAUAGCAUGGAGUAGUCCCUUCUUUCACUUUGGUAUUUGUAAACCCUAGCUACAAUUAUGUGAAUGCUUGUAUGGAAUGAAAGAUUUGUGUGCGGUUGUGUUUAAUGUGAAUGUGGAGGUAUUAUUCAUGAAUGAUUGUGUUGGGUGAAAGCCUAUCAAUCUAAUUGCCAUUCUAACCUAGGUAGAGAAAAAAACCCCACUUCCUUUCUUUGAAAGAGGCUUGAAUGCUGGAUUUUCUUAGGCAAUUCAUUGUCUCCUAGUUAGGUCAUGCAGGGCAAACCUCCUAUUCCGUAUUAGCACCUAGGGUUUGGUUGUGUGUGGUCGUCCGAACUCCGAUUUGAGGGUGAAGUCCAACCAAUCCUUAGUCAAUAGGUCGAGAGAGUCACAUUGGUGGCUUGGAUCGUAUCCCCUUUCCUCGACCUAGAGACUAAGAGAGUGGCUUUGGCUACUUGUUAGACUUCCCUACGGUUUACCACUCCCUCACCACACACGUCCAUUCAAUCCAUCCAGUCGUAAUUGCUAGCUAGGGGAAACAAUACCCGGGUGAAGCCUUCUCAAUUAGUGUCAAAUCCAUUUAUCUUUGCAAGCGCUUUUAAAUUUAUAUUGUUGUUUUCACCAAAAACCAACCGCUAGUUAAUGUUAUAAACAAUCAAAGUAGGGUACAUGAACUGGCCCGGGUCGAUAUUUAAACAUACUUGCCUUGUACUGCACCCGACUAAGGUUUAUACUUGGGCCUUAAUUGGGAGUUUUAAAGUGGUGCAUUCGGGUUGAGUCACUUGGACCUUCUCCUUGCUCCUUGGGUGGAUUGGAUCUUCAGUUAAGCUCUCCCAAGGUGUUUCCCACUCUAAAAAUAACCCAAAACCCUAUUUUCUCACUCUAGGGCGGCUCUCCAUUGUAAAGUGCCCAAGAGGGGUAUUUAUAGAGAGCUGAUGGAGGUCAAGUCCUCCAGGGCAUGACUCGAUGGUCACGGAUGUGACCUGUCCAUGAACAGACUGGAAAGUAUUAAAAUUGCCCAAAACGAUGAUUUUUGUCCCAUCUUUAAGUUUCGAGAUCGCGACCUCCUUCAUGAAAUCAUGGUCGCGAUCUUUGUGUCCCAGCGGCGAUCUUUUUUGUGGCCAAAAUGCACCAUGUCCACGAUCUGGGUGAGGAAAAUCUUUGCUUCCUUCUUGAUCCCCUAUUGAGGUUUGUGGCCACUAAUCGCGGCCAAGACCAUCAAGCCGCGACCAUCGUGACGGCCUGGUCAAUGGCAGUGACCUGUGGUCGUGACUAGUGCUUUUUCUCCCCUUCUUCUCCUAUGCUUCCCAAUCGUACUCGGAUGAACUCCAAUCGAUUCCCGAUCAAUCCCAAAUGAAUAUAAGACCCAGAGUUUCAUCACAAAAACUUGGAAAAGCAUAAAAUAAGACAAUGUGGGGUCGACUCCCCUAUGAAAACCUUCAUAUCAAGAAUACUAUGCAAAAACAAAUGUUUUGCAAAUAGGAAUGAAAAUGGGCAUAAAUAACUUGAUAUGUGGCCUACACACGGUGAUUUAACAUGUAAAUGUCUUAAGAAUAAGGUCAAAACAACGCCUAUUUUAGGUGUUAACAAGCUUCUCCAGUAUUGCAAAGCCCAUGGCACAGCUAUUGUGGAAAGGGGAGGCAUUUGUUUGGGACGAGAAUAGGGUUGGAAGUUUGGUACCGGUAUUGGGGAUAUACCGAAUAUCUUACCGAAUUUGUCUAUAUUUGGUAUUACCGAAUACAUGUAUUAUUUCUUGGGAUUGGGAGUGGGAUUGAUAUAUAGCAAAAUACCGAACAAUACCGAAAUAUAAGCUAGUGUGUAUUUUAUCCUCUCAACUAGACUCCCUCAUUUGCUACUACAUGACCCUCAACCACCAAAAGUUUCAUUUAAUUAUACAUAGAUCAUUUCAUCUUUGUUUCACAACUCAAAAGUCCCCAUCCUACUCAAUUUUGACUUUCAAUUUAAGUCAAUCUCAUCUCUCACCUAAUAACUUGUUAUUUUCAUAACACCAAAAAGCAAACACUAGUAUUAGUAGUCUCUUAGCCUUCAAUUCGUCAAACUAAAGAUUACCAAUGACAAGAACUUGAGAUGUCACCUCUCUUUCAUUCUCCUAGCUCUAGACAAACUCAAGACUAUUUGCUUAGUCUCUUUGCCCUAAAUUAAACAAUCAAAUCUACUUUAUAUAUUUAAUUAUUUAUUUCAAAUGUAAUUAAUUUCGUAUUUGUUAAUGCCGAUUGGGAUACCGAACUACCGAUUGGGACACCAGAAUAUUUAGGGAUUGAGAUACCGAAAUUAUUUAGGGAUUGAGAUUGGGAUUGACUUUUGGGUAUAAUUCGGUAUUUGGUAUUGGUAUACCAAUACCGUACCAAUUUCCACUCCUUGAUGAGAAGUGUCAAAUGGCGUUUGAGUUGCUGAAGUAAAAGCUAACCUCUGCACCAGUGUUAGUACUACCUUCCAGCGGUGGGGAGUAUUCAAUCUAUAAUGAUGCUUCCUACCAAGGCUUGGGCUAUGUACUGAUGCAGAACAGGAAGGUGAUCGCCUAUGCUUCAAGGCAGCUAUGACCUCAUGAGGUGAACUAUCCCACCCAUGACCUGGACUUGGCAGCAGUAGUAUUCUCCUUGAAGCUAUGGAGGCAUUACCUCUAUGGUUAGACUUUCACGGAUCACAAGAGUCUUCAUCACCUGACUUAUCAGAAGGAGCUAAACAUGAUGCAGAAGAGGUGGUUGGAACUCCUGAGCAAUUAUGAUUGUACCAUCAACUACCAUCAGGGAAGGCAAAUGUGGUAGCUGAUGCCCUGAGCAGGAAGAGGGAGAGUACUCUCUCGGAGUUGGUCUCUUUGAGGGACAUGAAUGUGGAGUUGGAGAUAGACGAGGGAGAGUUAUCCCUAUCUUACAGGAACGAAUAAAGGAAAAGCAAAGUGAGGAUAUGGAGCUUGAGAAGUACCGAAAGCAUGUCCUAGAAGGGAAGGACACCGGGUUUGAACUAGUGGAUGGAGUGUUGAUGUUCCAAGGGAGGUUGUGUGUACCUGAUGUAGACAAGUUGUGGAAGGACAUACUGGAUGAGGCUCAUUCUGCACCCUAUGUGAUGUAUCCUGGGGCUACCAAGAUGUAUUGUAUCUUCAAUGAGCAUUUAUGGUGGCUAGGUUUGAAGAAGGAAGUGGCGACACAUGUCUAUCAGUGCUUGGAGUGCCAGAUGAUUAAGGCUAAGCAUCAAGCACCAGUCAUCGAGCAUUUACAACUAUAGAUUCCACAAUGUACAUGGUACAAGGUCACUAUCGAUUUUGUAUAUCGCUUGUUGAGUACCCUUAGAGGGUAUGACGGAGUUUGGUGAUUGUAGAUCGGUUGUCGAAGGUGGUUCAUUUCAUACCUAUCCAAUUCAAACCAUGAAUGGAAGAGCUAGCUCGAUUAUAUUUAAGGGAGAUUGUCAGGCUGCACGGAGUGCCACUUAGUAUCGUUUCUUAUCGUGAUCCCAGCUUAACGUCCCGAUUCUUGGUCAGUUUACAGAAGGCUAUGGGAACCAAGGUGCAUUUCUCUACUGCAUAUCACCCCUAGACCAAUGGGCUGUCAGAGAGAACGAUCCAGAAACUUGAGGACUUAUUAAGACCUUGUGUACUAACUAUGAAGGGAGCCUGGGAUGAGCAUUUACCUCUACUGGAGUUUGCUUACAAUAAUCAAUAUCAUAGCUCGAUACAAAUAGCUCCAUAUGAAGUGUUAUAAGGGAAGAAGUGUCACACGCCAUUAUAUUGGGAUGCUGAGGGAGUUAAAGAGCUAGAGGGACCAGAGAUGAUGUAAAAAACAGUGGAGAAGGUAGAAGAAAUUCGAAAGAAUUUGAAGGCAGCUCAGGACUGAUAGAAGAAUAAUGUCGAGAGGAUAGGAGUUCUUCGCCAGCAUGAAAUUGGUGAGAGUUUUUUUGAGGGUGUCUCCUUGGAAGGGAGUGAUGAGGUUUGGUAAGAAGGGAAAGCUUAGCCCUAGGUACAUUGGGGCAUACAAGCUGUUGGAGCGUGUUGGACCCUUAGCCGUCCUAGCCUAUCUAGGAUUCACGACGCCUUCCACGUCAGCAUGCUAAGGGCGUAUGGGUCCAACCACGAUCAUGUAAUCAGGCACGAGGAUAUCCAGUUGGAGGAUGACUUGACCUAAAUGGAAGUUGCAGUUCAGAUUGUGGAUAGGCAUGAGAAGGAGCUCAAAAGGAAGAAGAUAGCCAUGUUGAAGGUGAUUUGGAGAAACCAAGGCAACGAAGCUACCACUUAGGACACAGAGAGUCGCAUGAGAGAGAAGUACCCUGAGUUAUUUGAGUAAAGGACCGAUGUAUUACUAAUAGUGAAAUGACUAUGUCUUCACUUUGUUUCUUCUGCUAUCAAUUUCAAGGUCAAAAUUUUAUUAAGGCGGAGGGAAAUUUAAUAUCCUAGCUUGAGAAAUUUCAAUCAAACGCCAUAAGUUUGAGUUCAAUUUCAGGGAUGAAAGUUUUCUAACAUACUGUUUGGUAUAAAUGAAUUCCAAAAGGUUUGAGAAAUUCAUUUUGAAAUGAAACAUUUUGAUGUUUGGUAUUUAAAAGAAUUCAUUUCCAAUUCUAAAUUAUGAGUUCUAUGGAAUUGGUACUAGUUAUAGCAAUUCCGAAGAAUUGAGAUAGAAUUUCAAAAUGAAUUCCAUAACUAUUUACUAAUUAUAAUAGAAUGCCAUAAUUAUCCUCUUUAUUAACCAAAUUACUUUUAUAUAUAUAUAUAUAUAUAUAUAUAUAUAUAUAUAUAUAUAUAUAUAGCAUACCAAACACAGGAAUUCAUUCGAAAAUGAAUUUUACACGAUCAAUUCAUUUUAUUUCUAAAGAUUUGAAUAUGACAUACCAAACACAAGAUUUCAUUUGACAAUGAAUUCUACACGAUAAUUCAUUUUACAAUGAAAUGAAUUCUUGAUUCAUUUGGUACCAAACGGUCUGUAAGAGUGGAGGAAAUAUAACACCUGGAUAUUAGAAUUUAGGUUCGACGAUAAUAAAUAAACGGUUGGAUUGACGGUUACGUUCGAAUGGUUGAAACCGUGAAUUAGUAAUAAUAAUAACUAUUAUUAUUACUGAAUUCUUAUUAUUAAAUAAACAAUUUAAUCAAAAAAUUAUUAUUAUUAAAUUAAAAGGGAAAAAAUAACCAAAUGUAGGCAAAAAAUCAAUGCACCGUCUUAAGUUUAUAAUUUACGAUUAGAUAAUUAGGACCUAGGGUUCACUCAUUAAGGGUUAGGGUAUAGUAUCAUACCCAAAAAUCCUGCUAAUUCGAGGUCUAGAUAGCAUUUCCAUACUCAAGGUAUGCAGUACCCCGGAUUUCACCCAGAGUACCGUAGAAGGCAUCAUAUGGGUAUAUAUAUAUGUGGAGUUCUACGGUACCCAGGGUGAAAUCCGGGGUACUGCAUACCUUGAGUAAGAAAACACUAUCCAGAACUUGAAUUGACUGAUCUUUCAGACAUGAUACUAUACUCUAGCCCUUAAAGAUCAACAUCUAGGUCUUAAUUAUCUAAAUCUUAUACCCCAAGAUCAAUUUAAUUAGAAACAAUAAUCGAUGGUUAUGAUUCGUCCAAAUAUAGGCAAAAAAUCAAUGCACCAUCUCAGAGUUUAUAGUUUAUGAUUUAGAUAAUUAGGACCUAGGGUUCACUCAUUAAGGAUUAGGGUAUAGUAUCAUGCCCAAAAAUCCUGCUAAUUCGAGGUCUAGAUAGCGUUUUCAUACUCAAGGUAUGCGGUACCCCGGAUUUCACUCGGGCUACCGUAGAAGGCACCAUAUAUAUAUAUGGUUCAAUAUUGCUACUUUGGUGCACUUGCUUUUUUGUAAAAGCAGUCAAAUUACAUCAAAUUUUGAAUUUUAAUUUGUAGUAUUAGUCUACUAUGAUGAUAUAACAUCGAAUCAAAAAACUAAUCAAUCUAUUAACCUAACCCCUUAACCUUCAAUUUUCAAUCCCAAACCAAAAUCCCAAAUUGUAAACCUAAACCCUUACCAUAAAUCCCUAAAUCCUAAAUCAUUCAAAUUAAAGUAAAUCUUUAAUGAGUUUUUUUUGCAAAUUUAUGUGUUUCUUGUUCUUGAUAUCAUAAGCGACGAUUGAUACCUUUUUUAUAUGAAUCACAUGCUCGGAAUGACGAUAAUUAGCGAGUGGAGAGUGCACCCAAAAAAGUGGGUGCACUGAAUACGCCAUUAUAUAUAUGGGGAGUUCUACGUUAUCAAGGCUAGCGUACGUCAGGCGUACGCUGUACGCCUGUGCUCACACUUGGUUUUUGCACUUCAAUAUAUUUUGUUGAAUUCAAACCGUCGGUUAUUAUUUUUUAGAUUAAAUGAAUUUUGUGACUUGGGUUAGAGAAUUAGAGACUAGGGUUCACCCAUUAGAGGUUAGGGUAUAGUAUCAUGCCCCAAAUUUGAGUUAAUUCGCGCUUUAAAUAGUAAAACUCGACGGACGUACAAUGUACGCUAGCUUGAACCAUAUAUAUAUAUAUAUACCACAAGAUCAAAUUAAUUAGAAACAAUAAUCGAUGGUUAUGAUUCGUCCAAAUAUAGGCAAAAAAAUCAAUGCACCAUCUUAGUGUGUAUAGUUUAUGAUUUAGAUAAUUGGGACCUAGGGUUCACACUUCACUCAUUAAGGGUUAGGGUAUAGUAUCAUGCCCAAAAAUUGUGCUAAUUUGAGGUUUAGAUAGCGUUUUCAUACUCAAGAUAUGCGGUACGCCGGAUUUCACCCGGGGUACCGUAGAAGGCACCAUAUGCAUAAUAUGUAUGUUUAGCCGUUACACUGCUUGAAUUCAAGCUACGUAUUUUAGUUGAGUUUUACUGUUUAGAUCACGAUUUAACCAAAGUUUCAGACAUGCUACUAUAUCUUAACAUUUAAUCUAAAAAAAAUAAUAUAUGAUGGGUAUUUUUGUUUAGUUUUACUAUUUAACAAGCCGGCUUGAAUUUUUGUUUAGUUUUACUAUGUAAAAAAAUAUUCAAGAUUUAACCGAAGUUUGAGAUAUGCUACUAUACCUUAACAUUUAAUCUAAAAAAAAUAUUUGAUGGAUCUUAUUCAGUGAAAUAACAUAUAAACCAAAAACAAAUCCUUCUGAAUCUACUUUCCUUUAACUUAACCCCUUAAACUUAGUGGGAAGUUUCCUCCUUAAAACUUAAUCCCACAAUACUUUGAGAAUGACCAUUUACCUUUUUCAUAAGACAUGCUAACUACCUUUUACUAUCAUUUUCUGCAGAUUAAACUGGUGGACAAGCAGGCGCGCUAGAGAGGAUUAAUUGGGAAGCAAUGAUAUCAAACAAAAAAAUGUUGAGAAGCUUCAGGAAGAACUGGAUUCAGUUCAAGGAAACAUCUCAUCAUUGAUGCUGUUAUUUGAAGGCUUGACAAAGUGUGAUAUAUAUGUCAAGACCUUGUGAAGAUUAUGACAUCAAACCACACUAUUUAGACUAUGAUCCUGACAUUGACGAUUUGGAGGAUACAGAGAUUAGGGAAAUGGAAGAGGCAGGUCUAAGUUACAUUGCUGCUGUUGCUGCAGUGAAAGAAAAGCAUGAUGUGGAAUCCAUUGUUGCAGCUGCAACACCUUCAGUUUCUACUCUGUAAGCCUAGUGCUAGAAAUCCAUGUAAGAAACCAACCACUGAUUCUUCUUCAAACAUAGUACAUGUGCGCUAGGUCUUCUUGUUCGGAUGUAACUAACUGGCGAGUGGUUGGCUAUUUCGGAUGCUAUCGAGGUUUCAUUCUAAUAAUUUGGGGGUGUUUUAGAAAAGUAGAGUGUGAUUAGUCUGGAAAGAAGUUCUCGUGUCGAUGAUCUGCUUGAUCUGGAAACUUUGUAAAUAGGUUGAGCUUACCAAGUAUUAAACAGAUAUAUACAGAGGGAGUAAAUUGUGAUUGAUGUAUUCCGAGUUCGCGUUGGAAGGAGGAUUGCGAUAGGUGAUAUGUAGAAGAAGAAUGUGAAAACAAAAAGGGGAAGAGAAAGAAAAGAAAUGAGUGGAUGGAGUUGGCUGGAAAUGGACAGCACUGGAAACGAGCACAAUUGAUCCUAUUCCUGUGCGUCCGCAGAUGUUGGGGGUUUGGGGCUCCCUACCAUCUCUUCCCACUACAAUCUGGGUUAAGCAAGCAAGGUUACUGAAAGAGAAGAGAAAAGAAUGAGAUUAUAUGUGAGUUGUGGACGAGAGAGAGAGAGAGAGAGCCGUUGUGCUGCUGCUUUUACUUACACAGGGAAGGAAAAGGAGGCAGAGCUGGAGGAAUGCGAAUUGUCUGUGCUGCUACUGCUACUCGAUUCGGUGCCGCCUGGAGCUGUAAGGAGAGGGAAUGAAUGAAACUAAUCAGGCAAGAAGAGCCAUUAGCCAACAAUAAACAAAACCCUGUAAUCGCUUGGUAAGAACUAAGAACUAACAACUGUGCUCUGCAACUAAAUAGUUCCCGCUGUUUGGGAAAGAAAUUGCUCCAACACUAGAAUAGUUUCCAGGUCUUUUCUUUUUUAAAAUAAAGCCUAGUUUGGUGU